CUCGGGUGGGUGAGACAGAAGGGGAGAGGAGGGAUUUCCGCUUCCGCCGGGAGCUGGAAGUCACUGUCUCCUGGGUGAACGAGGCUGUCGCAAAGAUCGUUGGCGAGUGCAGGUUUGCCCUCCUGCAGACAUGGGGCGCAGAAAGUCAAAACGGAAGCCACCCCCCAAGAAGAAGAUGACAGGCACCCUAGAGACCCAGUUCACCUGCCCCUUCUGCAACCACGAGAAGUCUUGUGACGUGAAAAUGGACCGGGCCCGCAACACCGGAGUCAUCUCUUGUACCGUGUGCCUGGAAGAAUUCCAGACGCCCAUCACUUAUCUGUCGGAACCAGUGGACGUGUACAGCGAUUGGAUAGAUGCCUGCGAGGCAGCCAAUCAGUAGCAACGCAGAGGACCCACUCCCUUGGCAGCCUCACCCGCUGGGUACCAAUCCAGAGACAUUCCAGGGUCCAGGGUGUGGGUCCAGGGCCUCUGCAGCCCUGUGUGUGUGUGUGUGGAGUGAGUGUGGGCAUGGGUGUGAGUGGGUGUGGCUGCAGGUGUGACUGUGGGGGUGUCCUCAUGGGCAUGGGGUAGAGUUGAAGGGUUGCUGGGCCCCAGGGGCCUGAACUGCCUCCCUUGGCUCCGAAAGCCUUUGACUUACUCCCUCCUCUGGCACCUGGCCACCUGGCUUUGGGGCCCUGGCUCCUCCAGGGACCUGUGUCCUGACAUCGUAGGUGAGGGCAAGCCCAGCAGAGGCUGCCUCGGGACUCUCCAGCGUCUUACCCCACCUCACCAGCACUUGUCCAUUUGAACUGGACCAACUGCUCAUCCUCCUUCCCUGCCUUCCAAGGUGUGUGGCCUGGGACUCGAGCCACAGCCCCACAGGCCCCCUGGCAGGGCGGCCUGUUUUCACGUUUGGCCACUCUUGUAGAGGAGGGAGGGGCUGGGUUGGGGAUAGCUGUCGAUCACCAGCCCUUAAAUAAAGCAGCCAACGCGAAACUC